CUUGAGAGCAGGUGAGCAGUUUGCGGGGAACACAAAACCACAAAAUCAAAAAUCAGCUAAAACAUCACAACUUCUGAAGCCAAACUCCCAGCUAGCUAAAAUUCUCUGCUUCCUUAACCAAACAAUCAAAAAGUUUGUGCAACAUGGGCAAUGUCAACAGCCACGCCAAUAGUGAUGCCAUUGUGGAAGCCGUUCGAGCUGAAUCUAAGGGACGUGGAGAAAGAACUUCGCGGGCGAACCGAAGACGCGUUGACGGCUCCUCGAACCUAACCAAAGAGGAGAUUGCAGAGGUGAUGAGCAAGAUGAGUCCAGAAGAGAUUCUGGCUGCCUUGGAGAAGUUUGCACGGGACGAUGAUGCAAAGAUGUACAUGGAAUGUUGGGAAGCCAUGAAAGAGCAUAAUACAAGUGGCAAGGCACUGAGGCGUACUAGAACCGAGGGCGACAGUUCACGCCGUCGUCAAAAGGGCGAGAAAAAGACGUACAGACGAUGCGUGACCGAAGAUAGGACCACACAAUCUGCUUGCAAUGCUGCUGCAUAAGUGUGCCAAGGAGGACGGAAUAUUUACCAUUACCAGGUAGCUAUAGCUUAAUAAUAGCAUUUACAUAGAUUGGAUCAUUCAAGAGAGU